UAUAGAGCCCCCUCCCGUGCGCCUGCUAGGCCUCUCUCUCCGCCUCCCCCAUUUCUCUUCCCCUGCGAUCCGAUCUCUCUCGCGAGGAAGGCUUGCCCGACGCCAGGGGAGCAGGGAAGAGAAGGGAUCACCGACCACCAGGGCGAGGCCUCGCGAUCUCGCGCAGGAGCAGGGAUGGGUCUCACGUUCACGAAGCUGUUCAGCCGCCUCUUCGCCAAGAAGGAGAUGAGGAUCCUCAUGGUCGGUCUCGACGCGGCCGGUAAGACCACCAUCCUCUACAAGCUCAAGCUCGGCGAGAUCGUCACCACCAUCCCCACCAUUGGUUUUAAUGUCGAAACUGUUGAGUACAAGAACAUUAGCUUCACCGUUUGGGAUGUCGGGGGUCAGGACAAGAUCAGGCCGCUAUGGAGGCACUACUUCCAGAACACCCAGGGCCUCAUUUUUGUUGUGGACAGCAACGACAGAGAGCGUGUUGUUGAGGCCAGAGAUGAGCUCCACCGGAUGCUGAACGAGGAUGAGCUCCGUGAUGCUGUGCUGCUGGUGUUUGCAAACAAACAAGAUCUUCCUAAUGCCAUGAACGCUGCUGAAAUCACCGAUAAGCUUGGCCUUCACUCCCUACGCCAGCGGCACUGGUACAUCCAGAGCACAUGUGCUACCUCUGGUGAGGGGUUGUACGAGGGACUUGACUGGCUUUCCAACAACAUUGCCAACAAGGCUUGAAGCAUCUUGGCAGGGCUUCAAUCAACCAAUAUAAGCUGGAUAUUCGAGCGCAUACUGCCUUUACCAUACUGCUAUGAACUGUAGUCAUGACAGUGACAUAUAAUGUGGGGUAUUUUUGGGAGGAUAAUGCUCAUUGGUGAACGAGCAAGCUAUCAGAUUGUUUUCGUGGGUAUUGUUAAUUGUCCGUGUUUCUGUUUGGUUUGUCCAAGGUAUACGAUGUCCUACUCUGUACUCUGUAUCGACUUGUCUCUUGGCAUAGCUUAAUUGUCGCAUAAUUUGUUGUGUGCAGCAUCA